AUGCGCUUCAACCACUUCUUGCUACCUUUGAUGGCGGGUUCGGUCGUUUCGGCACCCGUACGCGAGCCGGAACCCAAACAUCAGCUCGAGGCGCGGAUGAAUGUGGGCACGGUGGUUACCUCAGGCGCGGCCGUUUGCGUAGCCUGUGUGGUUGGGGUCGUUGCCUACAAGUCUUACACGGUCGCCGCGAGCACUCUCGAAUUCACCAAAGGCCAGUAUAGGAUCGCCUCGGCCAAAUACAGUCUUGACAAGGCUUCUAUAGAUCAGGCGAUGAAGAUAGCAAACGAUAACCAACAGCACACCAUUGGAAAAUCCAUGAUGGACCGUCUCACCAGCGUGAUCGAUAUGAAAACCAAGCUUAUAGAGGAAAAUAUUGAACAGAUCUUGGAGGCUGAAAAAAAUAACAAGGUCGCUCUGGGGUUUCGGAAAAGGAUUGUUGAUAUACAAAAACCUUACCUUGCCGCCCUCGUAGCCGACGCCACUCAGUAUCCACUAACUCAAACAACUUCCCAGGCCAUCCCGGCUGCGCAAGUCUAUUGCGGGGAGUUGGAGAAGCUUCUCGACCAAACCACGGACAUAAUCGAGGACGUGAUAAACAGAAGCCCCAAAACCUCCCCCGCAGGCAGCGCCCAAGGCAGCCCCAGCAGGAGCACUUCCCCCGACGGACGCAAUCCCACCUCGGUCGGCACCACCGGCCUCACCAGGACCAACUCCCAGAGCGGACGCCCUCCGUCCUCGGGCGGCUCCGUGAGCCCGACCAACGACCGCGGGCGAACCCAGUCCGUGGUCAGCUCCGGCUCGGCCGGCUCGGCGGGGACCCAAGACUUGAGGAAAGCCGAAAAGGGCAAGGCCGGAAUCCCACAGCAGAACCCUCCGACCAGCCAGGGCAAGACGUCGGGCGCCAGCGUGCCGGCACCAGGCCCGGCCGCCGGGUUGACAAGGAGGCCCACCGAGGGCCAGCUCAGGAGGACGGGUUCGACGGCCAGCUUGAAGAGCGGGACCAAGACCCUGCGCCGUCGCAUGGUGCCGCUGGUGGUGUUUGACGUCUAG